ACAGGAAAGCUGCUGUCCUGAUGUGAGUUUAGAAAUGAAGUUGUUGCACAUGCCCAUAUAGUGUGCAGUCUAUUUCCUUUACUUAACUUCACUACACAGCAGAUAUAUGACUCAACUCAGCAGCACAGCAUCUACAUGUGCAGCUCAAUGGAAGAUGUGGCGUGUCAAGGUCUUCAGUGUCAUAUGUUUUACUGCUGUUUAUGCAGCUCAGGGUCCUCAAGAUGACACACGUAAACCGACUCUGAAGCUGCUGAGUCCCUGGCAGGAUUUUUUCGAAAAGGAGAGUGUGGGGUUUAGCUGUGAAGACAACAGCUAUGACUGGGAGUUCACCUGGUACAGAAAUGAAAAGAAGAUUGAGGUGGAUGUGGACCAGAACCUGGAAGAAGAUCAAUCAUAUCUCAACAUUUCCUCGGUCACUCGAUCUUAUCAAGGAGUCUAUGCCUGCAUAGCUCUUCCCAUGAAUAAUAGUGGAAAUAGCACUGGAUUCAGCAACACAGUUAAUAUCACAGUUUAUGAUAAAACACCAAAACCAACAGUGAGCAAGGUUCCAGAUUUUAACUCGAUGUAUGUUGGAGAAACAGUGAACUUCACUUGCAAAGUUGAUGUGUCCUCUGGCUGGAAGUAUCAGUGGUACAAAGAUGGAAAUGAACUCCCUGACACCAGCGAAACCAUCAGCAUCCAUCUUGGUCUUUCUGGUAAGGUGGAAUACUGGUGCAAGGCCACCAGAGGUGAAACAACAUCAACAGACAUCAGUGAGAAAGUACAACAAGAUGUUCUUGAAAUUCCCGUUCCAUCUUUAAAGCUGGUAACACCGUGGUUGGAUGUGUUCCCCUCUGAGAGAGUGAAGUUGAGCUGUGUGAUGGACGACACCUCUGACUGGACUUACACGUGGUACAAAGGCAGUCUGCCGGUCCGAGCUGAUAAUGUGUCUUUUGACUCGAAUGGAGCUACUCUUUCCAUCAGCUCUGCUUCAGCUGCACAUGUAGGACAAUAUAUCUGCAAGGGACACCUGAAAGACAGGUCUGUCAACAGCAGCUCUAGUUCUGGACUUGAUCUCAAAGUAUAUGAUAAGAAACCCACUGUCAUACUGACACAGGAUCCAGAGUACAAGGUGAUGUUCCCUGGAGAGUCAGUCUCCUUUAGCUGUCACAUUAAUGUCUCUACUGGAUGGGAGUACCUGUGGAACAAAGAUAGCGAUCCACUUACCGUAUCUGGAAACAACUAUACAAUCAGCUCAGUUGGAAUAACAAAUAGUGGGUCAUAUACAUGCAAAGCAAAAAGAGGCAGUGAUCAAGCCUUCCUCACCGAGUCCAGUCAGCCUGUACACCUUGAAGUUGAAGGGAACAAGCCUAAACCCUCGAUGAUUCAACAGCCAGAUGUUAACAAGGUGUACACUGGAGAGUCAGUGUCCUUCGAAUGUAAAGUUAAACUCUCGUCUGGUUGGGUGUAUCACUGGUACAAAGAUGGAACACAACUCCCAAUCAACAACAGUAGUUUGAACAUCCAUGAUGCCACUUUAUCAAACAAUGGGACUUAUAAGUGCAUGGCCAUAAGAGACAAAACAACGUACAGUACAGAGCACAGUGAUUCACGGAUCUUACACGUAUCUGAAAUUCCCAUUCCAUCUUUAAAGCUGGUAACACCGUGGUUGGAUGUGUUCCCCUCUGAGAGAGUGAAGUUGAGCUGUGUGAUGGACGACACCUCUGACUGGACUUACACGUGGUACAAAGGCAGUCUGCCGGUCCGAGCUGAUAAUGUGUCUUUUGACUCGAAUGGAGCUACUCUUUCCAUCAGCUCUGCUUCAGCUGCACAUGUAGGACAAUAUAUCUGCAAGGGACACCUGAAAGACAGGUCUGUCAACAGCAGCACUAGUUCUGGACUUGAUCUCAAAGUAUAUGAUAAGAAACCCACUGUCAUACUGACGCAGGAUCCAGAGUACAAGGUGAUGUUCCCUGGAGAGUCAGUCUCCUUUAGCUGUCACAUUAAUGUCUCUACUGGAUGGGAGUACCUGUGGAACAAAGAUAGCGAUCCACUUACCGUAUCUGGAAACAACUAUACAAUCAGCUCAGUUGGAAUAACAAAUAGUGGGUCAUAUACAUGCAAAGCAAAAAGAGGCAGUGAUCAAGCCUUCCUCACCGAGUCCAGUCAGCCUGUACACCUUGAAGUUGAAGGGAACAAGCCUAAACCCUCGAUGAUUCAACAGCCAGAUGUUAACAAGGUGUACACUGGAGAGUCAGUGUCCUUCGAAUGUAAAGUUAAACCCUUGUCUGGUUGGGUGUAUCACUGGUACAAAGAUGGAACACAACUCCCAAUCAACAACAGUAGUUUGAACAUCCAUGAUGCCACUUUAUCAAACAGUGGGACUUAUAAGUGCAUGGCCAUAAGAGACAAAACAGCGUACAGUACAGAGCACAGUGAUUCGCGGAUCUUACGCGUAUCUGAAAUUCCCGUUCCAUCUUUGAAGCUGGUAACACCGUGGUUGGAUGUGUUCCCCACUGAGAGUGUGAAGUUGAGCUGUGGGAUGGACGUCACCUCUGACUGGACAUAUACAUGGUUCAAAGACGGACAGCAGGUCCUGGCACAUACUGUAUCUUUUGACUCAGAUGCAGCUACUCUUUCCAUCAGCUCUGCUGCAGCCUCACACCGUGGACAAUAUAGAUGCUCAGGAAAACUCAAGAGCAGGUCUGUCAGCAGCAACUUCAGUUCUGUACAAACACUUGAUGUUCACGAUACAAAGCCCAGAGUCACACUGAUGCAGAAUCCCAUACACAAUGUGAUGCAUACUGGAGAUUCAGUCUCCUUUAGCUGUCACAUUAAUGUCUCUUCUGGAUGGGAGUACCUGUGGUACAAAGAUGGCAAUCAAUUUGCCGUAUCUGGAAACAAUCACACCAUCAGUUCUGUUGUGAGAACAAACACUGGAUCAUAUCAAUGCCAAGUUAAAAGAGGAAGAAAUACAGUCUUCUAUUCAGACCAGAGUCAGGCUGUGAGACUUGUCAUUAAGGGUAGGUUUUUGUUGACUAUCCCCCCUUUUUCUGAACUUGUUGAAUGUGUUCAUCACAGUUUUGAUUGUGUUUCUACAGAACGCCCAUUAGCAGAUAUAACUCUGUUAACUGGGUGGUCCGAGGUCUUCUCUACUGACAGCUUGGUACUCAGAUGUAGGGUGCUAGAAAGCCAGGACGUAUGGAACUACAAAUGGUUGAAAGAGGGGCAACAAAUCAAUGUCUCUCUCUCUGAGAAAUAUACAGUCACACCGGAGAAUAACCCUGAGCAGAGCCUGUACACCUGCCAGGGCAUUCGCACAGGUAGACCAUCUUACUCAAAAACCAGUGAUUCGUUCAAGACCAAGAACCUUCUUUUGAAGAGGAGGGUGCUUCUUUCCAUUUCUGGCUUUAUCUUCUUUGCCAUCAUUGCCAUUUUCAUUGGAUGCAUUGUCCUCAGAGUCUUCCGCAAACCAGGUAAUGGUGAAGACAAGCCAGAGGAAACAGACCUGUUUCUCACCAUGGCUCAGCUAAAGGACCGUGAUGAUGCACCCUGUCCACUGGUUCAGUACAUCACAGAUGCAGAACUGAAUGCUUCAUCUAAACAAGAAGCGGACGAGAAUGGCACGAUUUCUGGCGAAACAACCCCAUUACCAAUAUCCUCGCAGGAGGACCAAGCCGUGACGAGUGAGAGCCAUGAUACAACAGAAAACAACGGUGGACUGGUUUCCUUUAAACAAUGAGUCACUGUAGCUAUAUUUGCAUCGGUUUAGCAGAUAAUAAUAAGUCUAUAGACUUACUACAGCACUGUGAGGCUUUAAUGGGCAUUACAAACAAAAAAUGUUGAUGUAUAAUAACUGGAGAGAGAAUCUCGCUACUGUGCGAUGCUUACCACCAGCGGGGCAUCAAAUUCAAAGUUCUGACUUGUCUGCAGUGCUAAAUGAAGGUUGAGUAAAUUCAUUAAGAUUCUUCCUCUGGAGACUGUAAAUGUUUUGUACCAAAUUUAAUGGGAAUUAAAAUAUAUUGGGAUAUUGCACCCUGAACCAACAGACUGGCUGACACUGAACAUUACUUUGUAGCACAAUACUGUUAGAACUGUAUAUAUUUAAUUCACAUCAUUGUAUUGAUGAACUGUUAAAAUAUGAAACAUUAUUUAUGUGAGCAGCAUCAAUCAUAUACAUGGUUAGCUUUUAUUGUUAGCAAUUAUUAUAUGCACUGUACAUAAGUAUUGAUCUGCAGGAGAUGUUAUUAAUCCUCCUUAAGCAAACACCUGGGGCCAGAUGUAUAAACGAUGUGUACGCACCAAAAACAUGCGUACACCUUUUGCCACACAUCAUUUAAAUGAUUGUUAUUAUAUUGUGGUCUACACAGUGCUCUGUAAAAUUCCAAUCAAAAGUGCAUUCAUAAACUUAAUUUUAAACUAUUUAUGAGUAAUGCAUUGUUAUCAUUCUUUCUUUUUUUUACAUUUGAGCUAUCAUCGAUGAUCUUUUGAUUUUAUCGUGAUUUGUGAAGCUCUUUGUAAAGUCUGGUUCAAUAUGAGAGCUACAAAUUACUAAGAUAUAUACGCAAUUAUGUUUUAGAGGUGCAUAUACAUGCUUAUGCAUAUUUCUGUCUUUGUGUGUACUGUACACACUGUUUUAGUUGGGGGAUUUGAUGCAUCUGGCCCCAGAUGUGAGUAAAUGUAAGUUAGUCUACUGUUAUUGCUUUCUUCUUUAAAAAUGAUUAUAUUUUUCAACAGUAGGUGAUUCUUCAGUAAUGCCAAUCAAGCAUUUUGUGUCUCCCUAUGAAAUUAUCAAAAUAAAAAUUACAAAAUGUU